UUUUAGACACCAAGAGGAUAUUUAAGUAGGAUAUAAUAUAAAUUCAACCAAUCAGAAGUUACUGACACUUAUUCUGCCCAUGGCGCUUUUUUCGAACGACUGACCGAAGGAAUGUCAACAGAAUUUAUUGAUAGAUCUUGUAAUGUUCCAGGAGUAGAAGAUAAUGAGAGGUCAAGAUGAAGUGGACAAUUGUACUCCUUCUUUGUCUAGUAGGAAGCAGUUAUUCUCCAACACAGCCUCUAGAAGAACCUCAAGAAGAUUCACUCCAUAUGGCCGAACUCCUAAAAGUAGACAGUUAAAAGGUAAAAAUCAUGAAAUACUUUCAAAUGGAACCGCUGAAAGAAGCAGGCCAAGGGACAGAAGAUCAGCUGUUGAAACUGAUGAGGAACAUGAAAGUAACCUUAAAGGUUUAACAAAUAAGUCCUGGAAGUUAUUUAAGAUGACGCCCCUGUAUAAAUUCAACACAGAAUCAUCUCAGCUGAAGAAGUACAGUAGUCAAUUAUCAGCACAUAUAGAAGCCGAAAGACAGAAAGGUUUAUUUAUAGAUAAUGCCACAUCCAGUAAAGCUUACAUUAGUACUUAUAAAGGACUUCGUGUCUCAGCAGCUGACAAAGAAGCUGUCCAGAUUUUGAUCAAAGGACGAAAUCGUGGAGGUUUUGGUGAUGAAACUGUUCUGUUAACAUGUUUAUUGUGUAGUGUUGAAAUGGAACAUAAUCCUGUCGAGCCUAAGUUACGGGACAAGUUUGCAUAUUAUCCUUUGCUAAUGGUAAAAGGCCUUGUAUCUCUUACUGAUGGACUGAUUACUUGGAUGCAGAGUCAUUUUGAUUGUGUGAUCACCCCCAUGAUAUUUUCUGCUCAUGAUCUUGCCUGGAUGGUUGCCAUGUGGAGUGGCACAACUACUGAACCAGUUCAUAAAAGUAAACCUGUUGAACUGUUGUACAAAACUCCUUCAGAUUGUAAAGGGAUUGAUAAAAUAACAUUUACUAUAGAGUCUACUGAUGUGAAAGACUUAUGGGAUAGAAUCCAUGAUGAUAAAGGAUCAGAAUUUAGUAGUGAGGAGGUGACCAUGUUUAUUAACAGCCUAGAAUCUCAUUUUCACUCUUUAUUCCGAGUGAAACUGUCUGCUUUACAGUUAUACAGUGUAGGAACCUCAUUAUCCUAUAUUGGUGAUGUUGGAAGAUUAAAAAUUUUUUCUGCAGACCAUGUUUUAUGGAUACUGAGAUAUCUAACAGUUUUAUCCUUAGAACAUUUUACACAGUCUUGUAGUUAAUACUUAAAUGAAUUAAGUUUUAGCAUAAUUCUUUUAUUGAUUAUUUUUGUGGUUGUUGUAGAAUUAACUAAUUGGUGGCCAGAGAAAAAAAUGGCCAUGGCCAACUGUCAAAUAUAAAAUUGAAUUUUAUAGAACAUA